GUCACACCACGUCCGCGUCCAGAUGCUCCAAAAUCCCCAACACCAAAUCCAGCUGGUCCCGGCAGAAGGAGAAGAAGCCCUCUGAGUUCUUCAUGAAGAGACAGAGGCAUCGCUGUGAUAAAGUGCUGGCGUGCUUGCUGCCUUUGGAAGUGCGAGCUUAUCUGUUUUCCAAGAAGGACUAAAUAAAUGAAGUGGUUUUCCGCACGGACCUGAUAACAGCCAUGAAGAUCCCUGACUCGUUCCAGCUCAGCCCUGAGGAGUACUACGUGCUGGCAGACCCCUGGCGCCAGGAGUGGGAGAAGGGCGUGCAGGUCCCAGCCAGCGCCGAGGCCAUCCCUCAGCCCGUGGUCAGAAUCAUACCCCAGCUGGAGAAUCUGCCUUCCCCAGUGUCCCCCAGCAGCCUGCCGGGCUCUGAGAUUUCAGAAGCCACGAGGACGUAUCUGCAGGGUGUGAGCCGUUACGACCUGGAUGAGCUGGAUGCCUGCUGGUUGGAGCUCGUGAACAUGGAGCUGAAGGAGAUGGAAAAGCCCGAGCUGGAUGAGAUCACCUUGGAGAGAGUGCUGGAGGAGCUGGAGACGAUGUGCUACGAGAACAUGAACAUUGCCAUUGAAACAGAGGAGGGUCUGGGCAUCGAGUACGACGAGGACGUGGUGUGUGACGUCUGCCGCUCGCCAGAGGGGGAGGAUGGCAACGAGAUGGUGUUCUGUGACAAGUGCAACGUCUGCGUGCACCAGGCAUGCUAUGGCAUCCUGAAAGUCCCCAUUGGCAGCUGGCUGUGCCGGACCUGCGCCCUCGGCGUCCAGCCCAAGUGUUUGCUGUGCCCGAAGAGAGGGGGAGCACUGAAGCCCACUCGGAGCGGGACAAAAUGGGUCCACGUUAGCUGUGCCUUAUGGAUACCUGAAGUCAGCAUUGGAUGUCCUGAAAAAAUGGAACCCAUUACAAAGAUCUCACAUAUCCCAGCAAGCAGAUGGGCUUUGUCCUGCAGCCUCUGCAAGGAGUGCACUGGGACCUGCAUUCAGGUACGUGAAUCAGCAGCAAGGAAACUCAGACCCCAUGGUUGUGCCUGUAGUAGCCACGAGAGAUUCUUGAGCUGUUGGUGGACGUGAUCCAGGCUGGGUUCAUUCCUGGCCUGAGUCCCAAGAUCGCACCUAACAAGGAGCACGAGCACCAAUCAGACAUCAUCAGCUGUUGUUGUUUGCAAUCUUUUAAUGUAUUGAGUGCUAGGAAUCUAGAUGAACUUUCUUUUGCGUAAUGCAGUGAUGUUGCUGUGGUGACACUAAUUAUCAGGACUGCAGAUGACCUUAGUU